UUUGUUGUUGUUUUAUUUAGCUACAUGCUGAAGGUAGUAGAUACAGCGAUGAAAUACGACGACAACAGCAGGAACAGAUCAGACGACAACAAGAUCAGCUGUCGGAACAGCAACAAAAAAUUCAAGAAUUACAGAUUCGACUUAAUGGCCAGUAUAUGGCUGCUGCCGCUACAGCGAAAACCUUACCGGGUAUGCCUGGGCUUGCCACGGGAGUCACACCUCAGGGGCUGAUGUUCCUCCCGGUUUUUGAUGGAGGUUUCGGUAGUGGGGCCGGACUGCCCCAUCCUGGUGCUCCAGUUCCUGGGAUUGAGGAUUUGGUUACUUCAUCGACAGGAAUCUCUUCCAUGUCCCUGCCGUCACUGACAUUCAGCUCCACCUCCCGGCAGUUGUCACCAAACAUAACAACAAGUAUUGCACCAACAGCAUUGGGAGAUACUCCACCUUCGUCAUUUCUGUCCUCCCUUCAACCCUGGGUGUCAGGAGCUCCACCUAUUACUCCAAUGUAUAGUUCUCCUAAUAGCAGCUCCACUCAUCCAACACCUGGAGCCUCAGACCCAGCCCCAGAUAACGACGGUCCAUUGAAUCUUAGUAAACCUAAGUCCUGUGACAGUAACACUAGCAGUGCUAGUUGUAGUCCCUCACCACAAGCUAACAUUAAGCAAGAAGUGAAGGAAACGGGGCGAUCUCCAAACCUCACCAACAGCUUCGUAUCAUCUGCAUCAUUUAAUCCUCCUUUGCCAACAAACACCAGCAUAUCUAGUGUUGCAAGUCUGCUGGGAGCUGGAAUUCCUGAGCCCCUGUCGGCUGCAUCCUCUUCCUUUCUACACGGAACAAAUCCGUAUAACAUGCUGCCUCCAAACAUGAGAAGUGCAGCACACAUGCCGCUAGGUGGCGUCGUUGGUCAUCCUGGAAAUUUUCUGAAUUUCAACCAAACUAGAUGUAAUAUUGAUCAAACAGGUAACCUGAUGAGGAAGGAUGGAAUACCCCCUUCACUGACAGUCAGCCUAGGUCAGCCCUCCCCUACAAGCCUAGCCCUUGGGGCUAAUGACAAACACUUUCCUCUACGUAUGUACCUGUCAUCUCAAAACACUGGCAUCCUGACAUCUGGCGGAUCCAGAAAGGACACUAACGAGGAGGACAAGAAAGGUAAAUUAUUGGGGGCAAAAAUUAUUCGUCAGACUAAAAAGGACUCUGAAGGAAAGCCUCACAUCAAGCGCCCCAUGAACGCAUUUAUGGUGUGGGCUAAAGAUGAAAGGAAAAAAAUUCUCAAGGCUUGCCCAGACAUGCACAAUUCUAACAUCUCCAAAAUACUUGGAGCGAGAUGGAAAGCUAUGUCUAAUACAGAGAAACAGCCAUAUUAUGAGGAACAAUCUCGAUUAAGUAAACUUCACAUGGAGAAGCACCCAAACUACCGCUACAGGCCACGCCCUAAACGGACUUGUAUUGUGGAUGGUAAAAAACUCCGAAUUUCCGAGUACAAACAAAUAAUGAGACAACGUCGCCACGAAAUGAGAAAUUUGUGGUACAGAGAUGGCCCCAUAGGUCUUCUCGAGUCCCCCACCCUGGUUCAUCCAACGAGUAUGACUUCCUUGCUCAGUAACCCUCCUGUAAACACAACCAGCUCAAGCGACGAACUACAGUCAUUUGCAUCCACGUUGACUACAAAUGGCCUGCAUGACGUCACCAUGGCUACCGCAGUCUCUACUAGCACCUCUUCAGGCUCGAUUUCCAUGAUAAAAGAAAACUCAUUCUCAACCGAUUCUGUCAUUGCUGCCAUGGAAACCUCGACAUGAGAAUUGCUCACUUUCCAGGGGGACAGUGGGGCACGCUUGUGUCUUGAACAUUAAACAGUAAAACUGAGGCCUGCUGGUUAAAAGUGGGGCUGCUUUGAAUUUGUUUUGGGUCAUACAAGAAUUGCUUGUAAGUGCAAUGAGAAACCAUGACGUAGUUCAAAGUACACUGUGAGCAGCUUGAGUACAAUUAUAUUAUAACUCAGGAGAGAAUCCCUUGUGCUCAAAGAAGCGCACACGAUGUAUCUUGUUUCUGUUUAGAUGUUAGACGCAUAUACAGUUUUUAUUCCUGUCAAGGGUGUGUGUGUGGCCGAACAUCAAAUAUGAGCCCUAAAAAGGACAUUUCGAUUGAUUAAAUAGCACCAAGAUAUUAGAUGAAAGAACGUCCUUUUUUUUUAAGUGGGUGUAUGUUUCUGUAACGGAAUUAAUCAUAUUUGUUUUAUCAAUUGAUUGAAAAUGGGUGAAUCUUUCCGUAAUAGAAUUAAUUGUGUUUUCUAUAUCAACAUAAGUUUGACAAGUUCGUGUUAUUAAAGAUUCAAGCCACAAGACUAACAGUUCUUUUAAAAUUCAGAAGAUAUAUUUAGGAGAAUAUUGUUUAUUUUACGUGCUCAAUAUUAUUUACCCGUUCUCUAGUCUGUGAUUGUGUCUUAUUGGAGACACCUGGUGUGCUGUUUUGGUAACAGUAUUUGAAAUCUUGGACAAAGCUGUCGGUGGCUAAAUGCUAACGCUGUGUUGUUAUAUUAUGACGUUUGGUUAUAUAUUGUAUGCGAAUUCUGUACUGAAGCCAGAGGGUAGCUAAUAUCAUUAUUAUAUGUAGAUUUUUAAUGAAUAUUCAAUCUCUGUAUGUUCAUUCAGCAACAGCUACCGCAAACGUAACGACUUUUUUUUGUCAGAUGACAAAUAUGUCGUUUGUUUGCUUUCUCUUUGAGCUCCUUACAUUUAAAGUGUUUGACAUAAGUUCACAAACGAAGUGGCUGCGUGUAUUGAUAUUGUAAAAGUUCAUGCUUUGACUUAGUUUCCUUCUCGAGGAAAUGUUAAACCUUUAGAGGAAAAAGUGUACCCAAACCACAUUCUGGUACGAUUUUUACUAGGGCAUUGAAUAACUGUGUUAUUUUGUGUUCAUUACCCUGUAGUGUACAUGUUUUGUAAGUACCUUAGAUUAGAAUAACACUUGUUGCAUGUACACAUACAAGCUAUGAUUGUACUAGAAUAAUGUACAGAUUUUUGGACUGAUGGCGGUAAACUCUUUAUAUCAGAAUCAAUCGGGAAGUAAGUCCACGUGAACCCUCUGACUAAUUAGUGCAGAGAUUAAAAAUCGCCAGGCAUAUAUAUACUUGCCUAUGGGUAACCGCCAGUUGGAAGAGGGUUAAAGGUCAAUUAAAAGAUGUGGACAGAAGUGCCAUAUGCAUUAUAUCUUUUUCACUUCGGUUUCUAAGAAGGGGGGAGGGGUUACCCAUUGGAAAAGGAGCUAAGUGUGGGAAACAUUUCAGCUAGUCGGCCAAACAAUAUGACCUUUUGACUUUUAGAGCGUUGCACCUAUUUAUGUUGGUUAUUUUACAAAUAAUGAUAAUAUCAAAAUCAACUUUGUUUUGCUAUAUAUAUAUAUAUAUCCUUAUGGAAUUUAAAUUGUAGCUUUGAACACAAAACUACGCCUACAAUGAUAGUUUCACAAGCAAAUCGUCGUGAAAAAAAUAUUGACAUUGUUCUAUAACACAAAAUUUAGAUUUUAUUUAUGUUUUUAAGUAAUCUGUACUUGGAACGACCUUGGGUUUUAUAGUGUGGUCAGUAAAAGAGGGCAAAGUUCAUACUUCAUAUCGGGAAGUUUUUUUUUCACUUCAAAACUUACUGUUCUGGGUGUCACUGAAAGGAAGAACGCCCGGUGAAAUUUGCUCAUUGCUCAAUUAGUUUAGUUUUUCGUUGAUUAACAGCCUUAAAAAAUUUGUUUAUUUUCGCAUUUUAUGUUACAACAAAAAAUUAAUAACUUUGAGUUCUUUCUAACAGUUUUGAAAACAAAAAACUGCCUGUGGCUGAGACGUGAUAACUUUCGACAUUUUCCUUCUCAUUCCAUUAAAUGUUCAGUAUUUUGGAUGAUUACCACUUGUUUCUUUUAUCUCGUAAAAAAAAGCACGACGAAAUCAAAAGAAAUAAGACCAGGAAGAUAUACACUUGAAACAGCCACAAGCACACCAAAAAGGCAUAUACUCUAUGUGUAUAAAACUGAUGUUGUUCUUUUCAUUGUCUUUUACGAGUACGUUUGGGUCUUGCAUUGAUACAUGGAGUAUUUUUUAUUUCUUAUUGGGCAUUGGUUCAUAGUUAACUGCAGUCCAGAGGCCAGUUUCGUAUUGGUAGUGUGUGUGGUAGUCAUGGUUACGUCCCAUCUUUUUUUUUUUUUUGUUCUGAGGUGGUUGUGAUGGUGGGAAAAAAAAAAUAGGUGAACAUCAGAAAUCUGAUUGUUCAGAAAGUUAAACCAAGUUUCUUUGUAUGAAAGAAAGAAUAUAUCAAGAUUUUUCUUCGAGUAUUUCUUUUCUGAACAGAAUUUUGACUUCUUUAUUCGCGCUAAAAGAAAACUAGAUAUUCUUAAGCUUUGUUAUUUUUGUCCAAACAUUAACAUCUUUGAUCCCUUUCUCACCACACAAGAGGUUUCAUUCUUAAUGUUAUUACUGGGAGACUUACCAUUAACUACUUGUAAAUUGUAGUAAGUAUUAAAAUAUAUUGUUGAGUCA